UUUGAUUGACAGUGGUCAUGGCAACAUGCUUAGUCCUCCGCCAUUUUGUUAGUCGCUUUUUUUUUUUUCAAAUAAUUUCUCUUCCCGCCGGAAUAAUAAAUUUGUUUAAGAAAAUAACACUUGUAAAAAAAAUUUAAAGAAUGAGUCGCCGGAAUCGGAUUCAGAAAAUUCGGAGGAAUACAGUUUAGCGAAAGAUAAAUAUAUAAAUAUAUAUAAUAUAUAUAUAUUUGUAGGCAGCGCUGAGCACAGUGGUUGUCCGUCUCUCUCUAUGAUCUGCCGGGCCGGUUCGCUGCGCAGGUUUGGAACGCGCGCCAUUUUGUGAAAUUUACAAAAAAAAAAAAAAAAAAAGAAAAAAAAAAAAACUUGCCCGAGAAAGGCUUUUAACGACAGGAACAGCAAUUUAUCUUUAAAUUUGGAUAAUAACAUAUUAAUACAGACAGCAGUCAUCAACAGCAAGGAUUUUAUCCAGUGAUAAGUGAAUGUACGUUUUCCCAGUAUCUUACCGAAUAAGUUUGUGUUUAGUUGUUGGAGAGGCGCUAUUGAUUUGGAAAUUGAAUUGACACGGAGUCCGGAGGAGUGAGGAUUGUUGCGGUUUGGAAACUGGGGGCUUGUUGGAGGAGAGGAGAAGCUGGAUCUUUUACUUGAUUCCACGGACUCGGAGGCCUUUUUGGAAGAUCCGACAUUAGGAGUAAAAGGGAAACAUUCAGAUAGAGACCCUCCCAAAUGAUUCUGCUGGCUAAUGACAAAAUAAAACAUCAAGCUGUGAGAGCAAAAGGGGCAUUAUCUCCUGAAAACCACUAUCAAGUUGGCCUAGCGGGCUGUGGUUUGCUGCUGGACUCUCCUCCCAAGAUGAUAUGAGACUUAACAGAAGACAAUGCAUACAGGAGGAGAGACUUCAGCAUGCAAACCUUCAUCUGUUCGGCUUGCACCCUCAUUUUCUUUCCACGCUGCUGGCGCUCAGAUGGCAGCACAGAUGCCUCAUUCGCACCAGCAGUACAGUGACCGUCACCAGCAGGGUACGGACCAGUCAAUCACUGCGUCAUCGUACAGUGACCAGGUUCAGCAGCCUGUUGCCAACCAGAGACGGAUGCCCCAAACCUUUCGUGAUCCUGUUGCUGCUCCCCUGAGGAAACUCUCUAUUGACCUGAUCAAAACAUAUAAACACAUAAAUGAGGUAUACUAUGCAAAAAAGAAAAGGAGACACCAACAAGGCCAGGGCGACGACUCAAGUCACAAGAAGGAACGGAAGGUUUACAAUGAUGGGUACGAUGACGACAAUUAUGAUUACAUAGUGAAAAAUGGAGAGAAAUGGAUGGAUCGCUAUGAAAUCGACUCCUUAAUAGGCAAAGGGUCAUUUGGACAGGUUGUAAAGGCAUAUGACCGUGUUGAGCAGGAGUGGGUGGCAAUUAAGAUCAUCAAGAACAAGAAGGCUUUCCUGAAUCAAGCCCAGAUUGAAGUGCGGCUUCUUGAGCUCAUGAACAAACAUGACACUGAGAUGAAGUACUAUAUAGUUCAUCUUAAGCGUCACUUUAUGUUCCGGAACCACCUCUGCCUAGUUUUUGAAAUGCUUUCAUACAACCUCUACGACUUGCUGCGCAACACAAAUUUCCGUGGUGUGUCUCUGAACUUGACCCGCAAGUUCGCUCAGCAGAUGUGCACAGCAUUGCUGUUCCUCGCCACCCCAGAGCUCAGCAUUAUCCACUGUGACUUAAAACCCGAGAACAUCCUCCUGUGUAACCCGAAGCGAAGCGCCAUCAAAAUCGUUGACUUUGGCAGCUCCUGUCAAUUGGGACAAAGGAUAUACCAAUACAUUCAGAGUCGUUUUUACCGGUCACCGGAGGUGCUACUGGGAAUGCCUUAUGACCUUGCUAUUGACAUGUGGUCUCUCGGCUGUAUUCUAGUGGAGAUGCAUACUGGAGAGCCACUCUUCAGUGGGGCAAAUGAGGUGGAUCAGAUGAACAAAAUUGUAGAAGUUCUAGGUGUCCCACCUAAUCACAUACUGGACCAAGCACCAAAAGCAAGAAAGUUCUUUGAGAAGUUGUCUGAUGCCACAUGGGGUGUAAAAAAGACCAAAGAUGGAAAGAGGUAUAAGCCCCAAGGUUCCCGUAAACUCCACACUAUCCUUGGUGUUGAAGCUGGAGGCCCUGGAGGCCGGCGCGCUGGGGAAUCUGGACACGCUGUGGCCGACUACUUAAAGUUUAAGGACCUAAUUUUGAGAAUGCUAGAUUAUGAUCCCAAGACCCGGAUUCAACCCUACUAUGCCCUGCAGCACAGCUUCUUCAAGAAAACUGCAGACGAAGGAACGAACACAAGCAACAGUGUAUCAACGAGUCCUGCCCUGGAGCAGUCGCAGUCUUCAGGAACCACCUCGAGCACGUCUUCAAGCUCAGGAGGCUCCACUGGAACGAGUAACAGUGGAAGAGCAAGGUCAGACCCAACCCAUCCACAUCGGCAUAGUGGGGGGCAGUUUACUGCUGCUGUCCAGGCCAUGGACUGUGAGGCCCAUUGCCUGCAGGUGCGACAGCCAUACCCUCCUCCUGUAGUGUGGACUGGUGGAGACGUUCCUCAGCAGGUCACCGUGGAAACCCACCCAGUCCAGGAGACCACCUUCCACGUAGCUCCACAGCAGCCAAACGCAUUACAUCAACCCCACAGCAGUAACAGCAGUGCCCAUCACCACCACCAUCAUCACCACCAUCACCAUCAUGGACAGCAGGCCGCAGGCAACCGGAACAGACCCAGGAUUUAUAACUCACCAACAAACAGCGCGUCCACCCAGGAUUCAAUGGAGGUGGUCCACAGUCACCACUCCCUGACCUCCCUGUCUUCCUCCGCCUCAGCCUCCUCUUCCUCCACAUCUUCCUCCUCUACUGGUAACCAAGGCAACCAGGCUUAUCAGAACCGCCCAGUUGCUGCCAAUGCCUUGGACUUUGGCCAAAACAGCACAGUGGACAUGAAUUUGGCCGUCUUUUCAAAUCCCCGCCAAGAGACUGGCAUAACUGGACAUGCAACGUACCAGAUCGCGGCAAACACAGGCACAGCUCACUACAUGGCAGAGGGACAUCUGGCCAUGCGGCAAGGAAUUGACCGGGAGGAAUCUCCUAUGGCAGGAGUAUGUGUCCAGCAGAGUUCUGUGGCUAGUUCAUGACUAAAAUGAGAAUGGGUUUGUUUUUUCUGUGUGUAUUUAAGGUGGUGUUUUUCAAAAAAGAAGUGCAUAGAGAUCAAAAGCUGCUUAAAUCAGUUGUGAGAUUAUCACUGAACCGCUACCACAGUGCAGAGCCGAUCUUUUGUUUGUUUGUUUGUUUGGCUGUUUAAGUUGUUAAACAAAAUAGCUGAAGGACUGCAAAGUUUAAGUAAGUAGAGCAAGAGCCAUGCCCGACCCUUUCACAUACUAGUUUGCAGGUGUUGCAUUGCCAUGGGUUCUGACCUAUUUGUACAGUGACCCUUUGUAUAAUUAACAAGGAUUCAAUGCGGAAACUAGUUUUGUGCUGGUGGUCAUUUGCAAGCAAAUAGAGCUGCACAUGAAUAAUUCAAACACUUAAACCGUUAAAUUGGGCAUAAUAUUAGAAUUGCUCUUUUAUUAUUUUUUAUUUUAGUUACUUUUAUUCUUUUUUUUCCCUGUAUGUUGUGCAGUUCCCCCCCAAAAAAACAGCUGUACACUAAACAUGUAGUACUGCGAGAAACAGGCACUUGCAGUGACGGAACAUCUUGCCUCGCGUCACUUGUGUUUUGCUCAUAGAGGUGCAGAUGGGCAUGUUUUGGAAGGCACAAGCAGGCAUGUCACGUGGCAGUCGUUGGAAUUAUCCUUGUGUGCUCACUUGGAGGCGGUGUUAAAUGCAGCGGUUGCAGUAUACAUCAGUCCCUAGAUCCAGGGACCCAGUUCCGCUAAUGCUAGGACUUCACAGGUCAAAAUCAAUGAGAUGCACUGAGAAGCAAUCACCAGGUCCGUUUUGGCCGAACCUAGGGAUGUCUGGGUGCCAGCGGUCUUUGAGAGAACCCUUUGGCCUUUGAAUUUGGACUCUGAAUGGAAGAAGCUGGACAUUGUCAUUUAAAUGAAAUAGCUUUUCUGUAUUUUUUAACUCUAGACAGCCCUUAAUUCUUUAAAAAAAAAUAAUAAAAAAAAGAAUUGGUAAUUUUGAGGCCUUUCUUUUAACUAAAGUUUAAGACUUGUGUGACCCUGUGACUGCAGGGUGAUCUUGUACGUCCACACGCGUGUCCUAAAGUUGACUUCCUAAUAUAAGUGAAGGUUGCAGAAGUAGUGGUAUGAGGUUGAUGGAGAAAGCUACGACUGUGUCCCUUUCCUGCUUUUUACUUGCUUUUUAUUUCUUUGCUUUGUUUUUUGGUUCUUCAGCAUGUGGUUCCUCCACCAUAACUUCUGCACAUUUGUUACAAAGUACAUACUCUUCUGUUCAUUGUGAACAUUAAAAAAAAAAAAAAAAAAAUGCAGAAUUUUGUGACUGCUUUUUUUUUUUUGCCUCACAAUUAUGCUGUGAAUUUUACAAGAAUUUAUUUCUCCUUUUUGAUAAUUUAUUGUACCAAAGCUGUUUUUUUUAAUAG